AUGGCUGCCCUGCGCAGGCUAAUCUCUCGACUGACUAGCAGCGUCGGAGCGGCGACGCUCGCGACUCGGGGGCAACGGACAACGUCCUCGAGGGCGACGACAGCGCUGAAAGUUACCGUCGCCGGUGCGUGCGUCACCGCUGCGGCCGGAGCCGCUUAUUAUUACCGCCGCUCGUUCGCCGGGAGACGCUCCGGGUUGAAGAGCCAUGUCGAGGCUCGACUCUUUCAUCUGGCGCUGCCGUCGGUUUCCGCCACCGAUCAGGCGCGGACCUAUGGUCUGGACGAUGGAGAUGUGUACAUGUCGUCCUAUGAAAACAGGUUCCGCCUCUUCAGUUCGGUGGAGUACGAGGGCCAGCUCUACAUGACGCCACUCAGCUUCAUAGAGUCCGUCACCUUGAAUGAACCCAAGAGUAAGAGACCAUGGAAGUCCCUCACAAAAAAGGACUUAGACAAGAUGCUGGCUGAUACCCCGCCUGUUUGGAAAGGAUCAUCCAAUUUGUUCAGAAAUCUUCGUGAACGAGGUGUCAUCUGCUACACAGAGUAUAUGUUCCUGCUCUGCAUUUUAACAAAGCCCCAUGCAGGCUUCAGGAUUGCUUUCAACAUGUUUGAUGCCGAUGGGAAUGAAAUGGUGGACAAAAGGGAGUUCUUGGUGCUAAAGGAAAUAUUCCGUAAGAAAAAGGUCAGAAAGGAAGUUGCCGAAGAUGAGCAAAGAUUUGACCGGAAGAGCCUGCAGCUGUACGGUCCAUGCUCAUCCCAGCCGCACAGUGUUCUUGAAAAAGACAGCCAGCAUGUGGAGGCCCGGGGCAUGUGGGAUGUUCUCAGACGUGGCACAAGUCAAGUUCUGUUUUCUGAUCUCACCGAGCAGGCGGAUGAAAAGACAGAGACGACGCUGCUGGUGCAUUUCUUUGGGAAAAAGGGCAAAGCUGAAUUGAAAUUUGAAGAUUUCUACGAGUUCAUGGACAACCUGCAGACGGAGAUGCUCGAGAUAGAGUUCCUCUCCUACUGCAAGGGCCUGCCCACCAUCAGCGAGGAAGACUUCGCUCGCAUCCUCCUUCGCUACACCAACGUGGACGACGUCAGCGAGUAUUUGGAGAACGUGCGCCACGGCUUGCCGGACGAAAAGGGAAUCACAUUUGAGGAGUUCCGGUCCUUCUUCCAGUUCCUCAACAACCUGGAGGAUUUUACCAUCGCCAUGCAAAUGUACAACUUCGCCAACCGGUCCGUUGGUCAAGAGGAGUUCACCCGCGCCGUCUACGUGGCCACGGGCAUCAAGCUGAGCCGCCACUUGGUCAACACGGUCUUCAAGAUCUUUGACGAGGACCGCGACGACAAACUCAGCCACAAGGAGUUCAUCGGCGUCAUGAAGGAGCGGCUGCACCGCCGCGGCGGGGGCGUCAGAGUGGAGCAGAAGUUCACCUCCUUUAAGUCCUGCAUGAGGAAGGAGCUCUCAGGCAAAUAGGUUGACGUCCCGUCAUCAGCGGCCUCCUCUUGCCAGGGACAGAAGGGUUAAUGCAUGCUGCACUAUGUUAGAAGCUUUUAAAUGAGCAGGCUGUGGC